GGUGAAGGGUGCGCAAUCAUCCAUCCAUCCAUCGCAUCGGGCAGUGCCACCACCGCACCGCAGUGAAAUCGAGUCACCGAGUUCGUCACCCGAGUUCUUGCGCCAAUACACAUUGAUUACACACAUUGAUUGUCGGUUAUUAGCGGAAGCAGAAUCCCGCCAACCAUCACCGGGUUAGGGUCGCGAUUGUUGUCAUCGUCGUCGGUCGAUCGCCAUCAUCUGCUUGCUAGAAUUCCAACCAGCAGCAGCCCCGCCGCCGCACCCGCCGUGUCUCAGGAUCCUAACAUCUGCAGGGUUGCGCAUUCCAACGAACAGACAACCCGCGUGCGCGCGCGAAUUGAGUGUCCACCAAGAAAAGGUUCAUCGCCUGUUGCUGCUUCCCUUGUACAAGUCUCUCUCCCUCUCUCGCAGCCGUUCAGCUGCUGCUUGCCGUUCAACUCGCUCGUUCGGCCGCGUUUUCGUUCGCUCACAAUUUGGAUGGCCUCUAAUGGACUAAAAUGAUCACACCUUCGAAGUGGCUAUGGCGAUGAUGCUUCCAAGAAGCAAGAAGACCAAUUGCUGUCUGCUCACAGGCGGAAGCGAGGAAAAGCCCAAAAACGAAGAUAACCGUGUGGAGAAAUCGAAGGAAAACAACAAAUAUUUUCGAACCGAGCAUAACUACUGGCAAACCCGCAGGGAGCAACUGUUCACUAUGCUCGAGGAGAAGGGAGGUGGUCUCGAACUGCCGAGGAGUGUGUGACGAGAAAAACGAAUAGUGAGAAAAACGCUACAUUGGCCAAAGGGCUCACAAUCGGUAAUUUUCAACCGUAUUCGAUCCAAGAGACUCUUUUCCCAGUUUAAAUCUAGUAUUGUUUAAAUAGCAAACGCAUCCGUAAGUUAACGACAAUACCCGAAAUAACAAAAGUUUUGAUCGCCCAUGUUAAGUGUUAAUAGUUUCGAUUUGAAAAUGAAUCUUUGCCAGUGAUUUCUGAUGAAGAGAAGCUGAUUUCGGUAUCCGUUCUUUACAUGAGUGAUAAGUGAAAACACAGAGGAAAUGCUAGAACGACAACGGAACUGUUCACCGAAACAUGAACAUGUCAAUCGGAUUAUUUGGAACAAAUUGUGGCUUGGAAUAAAACAACCGGACAGCGUGCACCACACCCGGGAAAGGAACUAAGCAAUGACCAGUGUGAAAGGGGUGUCCAAUGUUAUCAUCGUUUGGUUCGUUUUGAAAAUUGUUGGAAGAAUUCUCUGCAUGCCGGAUGUCCGUGCCACAUGUCGCACGGUACCGGGCUUGACGCGCGAACAACUGGAACUAUGCUACCGGGCGAGCGAUGUGACGGCCGCGGCCAUCGAGGGUCUGGAGCUGGGCGUCCGCGAGUGUCAGCAUCAGUUUCAGUGGCACCGGUGGAACUGCUCGUCGCUGAGUACCAAGAGUCGAAAUCCGCACACUUCCAGCAUGCUGAAACGAGGUUACCGAGAGAGUGCGUUCGCGUACGCAGUAGCUGCCGCCGGAGUGACGCACAGUGUGGCACGCGCCUGCGCCCAAGGCCGGCUGAUAUCAUGCGGGUGUGAUCCCUCGGUGAAUCGGAAAGGAAUGACCAAAUCGUUGCGGGAAAGCUUGGAGAAGGAGAAGCUGCGCUUCCUGGAUGCCAUAAACGAGAACAGCAUCCUGGUGGACGACAGUUUGAAAAAGCUGAAAACCAAACAAGCCAGCCGGUGGAAAUGGGGCGGAUGUUCGCAUAACAUGGCAUUCGGGGUGGAGUUUUCCGAGCUGUUCUUGGACACCCGGGAAAAGGGCGGCGAUAUCCAGUCGCAGAUCAAUCUCCACAACAAUCACGCUGGCAGGAAGGCCGUCUCCAACAACAUGCAAGUUCGCUGCAAGUGCCACGGCAUGUCCGGCAGUUGUCAGUUGAAAACUUGCUGGAAAUCGGCACCGGACUUCCGAGUCGUCGGCAAGGUACUCAAGCAGCAGUAUCGCCGGGCGGUACUCGUCGAUCAGUCCAAUCUCGGCAACGGGCCACCGAUGAUUGUGUAUCAUAAACCAAAGAAACGGAAGCAUGUCAAGAAUGUUCGUCCUCCUCGCCGAACGAAGGACAAGGGACACCAACUACAGCAGCAACAGCGCCAGCCGCAGCGGCAGAUGAUUCCGCUGGGUGGCAGCAGUCGCAAGAUGGAGAACGCUCUGUUCUACUACCAAAGAUCGCCCAAUUUUUGCGAACGGGAUCAGAUGUCCGAUAUACCAGGAACCGUGGGCCGCCGAUGCAACCGAACCAGUGUCGGCAGCGAUGGAUGCGCGUCGAUGUGCUGCGGCCGGGGCUACAAUCUGAUCCGCGAAAAGCGGGUGGACCGAUGCAACUGCAAAUUCCACUGGUGCUGCUACGUCGAGUGCGACGAUUGCGAAAUCGAAGAAUGGAUUAGUGUUUGCAACUGAGCUUAGGGGCAGAAGUGAUCCGAACGCGAUAUCACCAGGCUCACAUUCCGCUCCGGUGCCGAAUGCAACAAGCUGCAUACAUCGGCUUUUCCAAGUUGCGAGAUAAUUGUUGGAAUUGCCAUGGGAGACAUAGAUAUGAGCUGAUAGCGAAGUGCGCGAGAAAAAAAUAUAUAUUGACUCUAAUUGCAACCGCGUGCGUCGAAUGUCGAAGAUUGAGGACUUGAAAGUGAUCGGUUCGAAGAAGGAUAAAAGUGAUUGUAUACGAUGGGGGCGCUAAAGGCUAAGUUACGACUGAAACCCCAAGUGGAACGUGUGGCUCAAGUCUAAUAAUCUAAUCGCAGUAGAAAGCAAUCAAUGUGACACUAAUUAAUGCUUGAAUAAAAUAUUUCAAACAAGCACAAACAAGAAAUUAAGCCAACCAUGCGUGUUCUAUCGAACAGUAUUAUAGACCUUAGAAUGCGGGGACAGAAUAAUGAGGAUCCCAAGCCAACUACUAAUCGCGUAGCUAAUCGUAAUUAUUGUACAUUUAUUAGUGAAACCGUGUAUCGCAUUCAACUGACCUCUUAUUUAAGUUAAUUAGUUUUAUUUAUUUGUUCCGCCUGUACCUGUACAUAAUUUGAAUUGGCGAUUUGCUAUCUUGGACUCGAAAGACGAUGUUUUUUUUGCGAGUAGCUGCUCUCGAUUUUCUCGAAUAAUGUCAAUAAAUAGUGUUACAUAAAUGGGAAUAAUGAAUUUCAAGGAAAUUAUCAAUCUUGCAAACAUCUGUGAGCAAGCCGAGAGGGAAUUACGAAAUGUUUCUUCGAAUAAAUUUCAGUUAUAGUGCUGAGUUAACGAGCUA